AAUAAUGUACAACAAACUGCCAAGAAAAAAAAGUAAUACUGAUGCAUUGUUUAAGAUGUAUUGUCUAAAUUGUUUCAUGUAUUUUCUUCCAAAAUCACCAAAAUUUUCAUAUAAAUGGAAAUGAUGUGGAUGACAUUGUGUACAUAGUGUAUUUUAUUGCAAUAUGCAGUGUAACUCAUUGUGGCAUAUAGUAUUAUUCCAUGUUAUGCUUUAUAUCAUUAUGUAGUAUGUAAUAAUUAUAAUAAUAUUAAUAAAAAAUAAAGGUACCUACAUUCUACAUGAUAUAAUACAAAUGUUUAUGUCUGUAUGUACCUGUACAUAUUGAAGUCGAUUAAUAACAUGUUACCAAGAAAUAAAUUUAAAAAUGUGUAACUGUAAACAGUUCAUUUUUUGUAAUCUAUGAGCUAAUUUUAUCCACUGAAGAAAGUUUGCAAAAGUUUCAUGAUUCUGUUUUCAGCUAUAUCCACAAUGCUUGUAACAAUGUAACAUUGUCAACAAUGUUUGAUGUAAAGAGCAAAAGAUAUGUUCGCAUCCAUACCCAUUAUCAAUGCAUGCAAUAUGUUGUUCAUUUUUAUAACAAAAUUCACUUUUGCACGAUCGAAGAAUGGAUAGCACAUGAUUUAAAUAAUAUUAUUUUUAGUUUAGUUAUUUUGUCAUAGAAAAAUUGAAAACACAACUUAUUUUCUAAUAAUUUGGUCACUUUCACAUUGCAUUCGAUCACCAUCCAUUUCUCUACUUCUUAUAACAUUUGUUUCCUCAUUCUUUGAAUUUGUAUUACAUACGACGGGAGGUACUGUAACAUUAUUAAUGUGUUUAAGAGUACCAGGAGAAAGAGGCACUGAUGUACAAAUUGUAUUUUUAAUAGCAUUAUUAACCAUAUUUGGCGGUUGAUAAGUUGCUAAACUUUUCAGACCGAUUACUUCUGGAUUUUCUUUCCAAAAACGGUCACCAAUGAUAUCAUCUACUAGCGGCACAACAGCAGGUUUUAAUCGUCCUGUACCAUCUGGCACCAAUUUACGUAAAAGUGUAGUGCCUUUUCGAAAUAUAGCAGGCUCAUUGUUAUAAUUUAUUCCAAAUUCUUGAAAAAGCAAUUCAUUUUUGUGCGAAGCUAAAGUACCUCUAAGUUUGUCCUCUGCCUAAAAGGAGAUAUAAAUUAAAUUAAAUAAUAUAGGGUGGAACAUAAUAUGUUUCAUUAAAUAAUAAUUUAAAAUAUUGGAAUUAUACCUGGCUUGGGGUUAAUUUUCCCUUAAGGACAAGAUUCCAGAAACAUGUGUUAUAUAAAUUAUUCACAUGAACAUCUGCCUGACGCCAGGCCAAAUAAUCUCUUAAAUUUUUAUCAGUUGGAUAUAAGACAACACGAGCAUCAAAGGAUGGCGGAUAGUAAAGAUCUCUACCUCUGAAAAAUCGAGGCCAAUGAUACACGUAGGAGGAAGCAAAUAAAGAAUUGACAUUGGACAUGAGCUUGGAUGCUGAAAAAUCAAAUAAUAGGCGUUACAGACGAAUGGGAAUUAUGAAGAAUAUCAUAAAAUUGUUUACUUAUAAAAAAAAAAAAAACGCUUUAUAACCGAAUAAAUUGAUCGCGUACAACAUACCUCUGCGUUUAUAAAGUUGUGUGUCUUUACGAAAGACAAAGGAAUAUUCAUCACUUUGUCCAAAACCUAAUAUUAUUUCUUUGAAAUCUUCCAUAACAGUAAUAGCAGCACGAUUCAUCAACUCCAAAGCGGCGACAUCAUUCGGCUUAGCAAAUUGGUGCGCGUCGGUAAAUUUCGAAAAAUUUCUUCCAUCUAUUCUAACCACAAUCCAACAAUUUGGCAAGCAAUUAUCGUCACGUUCGAAUUCUUUAACAUAUUCAAAUUUACUUUUCGCCAUUGCUGUCAAACUUAUGCGCCGGGAUAUGGCCACUUGUUUGCUCCAGCUAAUGAUUUUCAAGAAGCCACUUCUCUUCAUUCGUUUCGAACCGUUGCACCGGGAUAGAAGCACCGCUUCUCCUUCACUUUCUUCGAUUGUACGCGCUUAAGAUCAUUCGCUCGCUCAUUCGGUUAACCGGAUUCACUGUGAUUGAAAAUUCGUCAACAGCAUUCGUGUGUCGUAACUUAACACAUUUAAUAGAUUUUUAUUUCAAUUAAAGAAAACACUGUAUCUCGUACGUUGACGUGCAAAAGCUCUCUAUCAACAUCAACUGCAUGUGACAUAUCCACGUGCACUUUUAUUGGUUAAGUAAAUAAAUCCAUCGAAAAAUAAAGGUCAAUGUAAACACGUUUGCAUUGCACUUAUUUUAUAAUCGAAACAAAUUUUACAUUUUUUUUCCUUCUGAUUUGUUCCUACGUUUCCGUUAAUUACUACGCUCAUCUUUCCUACAGCUCUCUAUAAUUAUUAUUACGCCCUCAAUAUUCUACAUUCAAUAUGGAUUUACAUAAAAAGUAUAUGGAAUUUUCUACAAACGAUAUAUCCAUAUUGGAAAUUAUUGAUGCUUCGUUUAAAGACGAUCCAUUUCUUUAUUUACAUCGUUUAGUUCAAUCCUAUAAUAAUGAAAUCAUCAAAGAUAUUUUGGAUAUAAAGAAACUCCAAACUUUUCAUACAAUAUUAUGCUACGAAUAUCAACUCAGAUUUCAUUCUAAUAAUGUAUGUGCAUAUAAAAAUUUAGAAAAUUUUUCUUUUCAAAACAUUGAAAAUGUUUUAUUUCCUCAAAACCAAUGGCGUAACAUAUCAGAGAUAUUGUUUAUUUACGAUAUUUUGCUGUUACAAAUGAUUUUGUAUUGUGAUAUGCAAUCUAUUAAAAUAAAAUUAGAAAAUCUCAGAAAGUUUAGAAAUUCUAAUCUUAAUAAUAGCAAUGAAGCAAGAGAGCUGUAUAUGAAAGUACUAGAGUGUUUUUUGGAUACAUUGCAUCUGCAGUGUUAUCUUUUUAAAAACGGAAAACAGGAGGAGUAUGAAGAAUUUAUUCCCUUAUAUAUAGAAGAUAUAAAAUGUUUAAUAACUACGAAAGAUGAUAUACAAUGGAGAUCAUUAGCAUCAAUUAUACCAAAAAUCAAUCGUACAUUUGAAAAAAAGAAAGUAGUUUUUCCCAUCUGGAAUCUUUUCUUAAAUGAAUUAAAAGAUCUUGAAGAUUUACUUGCCACGAUUAAUAUACUUGCUGAUCAUUAUUUUUCUUUAGAAAAAGAUUCUCUUUAUGAUCUAUAUUAUGAUCUAUAUUCUAAGGAUAGAUUUUGGUUGAUAAUCUCAAAGGGAUUAGAAUCUUCUGUUCAACAGUAUCGAAAGUGGGCAUUGUUUCUAAUGAAGAAAACGAUUGAUUUUAUGAGCGAGAUAAAGUUUGAAAAUUCGCAUCUAAAAAAAAAUACAUUGACUCCUUUUAUUUGCAAUACUUGCCCUAAUAAUGUAAAAAGUAAUAAGGAAAAAUUUUUUUUGGUGUUAGAAGCAUUGGAAGAAAAACAAAAACAUUUGAUAUUGCCUGCUUUAACUCAUUUACCUGGGUUGAUAAAAAGUAAUGAAGUAUGUGGCAAUUGCUUUAAUAUUAUAUGGUUAGGUUGUAUUUUUAAAAGAAUAUUGCAGCAUGAGAAUAAUAAUAUAGUGAAGCAUGGAUUAUUAAAUAUUUGCAACAUCGAUGUAAUUAUGUGUGAUGAACAGUUCCUUGGUUUUUUUGUAAAUAUGUUAAAUAACACUUUCUUGUAUGAAAUAGAAUCUGAUAAUAAUGAAUCAGAAAUAAUAAAAGAACUUACAGGAUUACUAUCCCGCAUAACCAGACAUAAAAAUAAAUUUAUUUUAAAGAAAUUUUUGUAUCAUAUUAGUCAAAUUAAAUGGGGUCCUGUAGCAAUGUUUUAUGUGACACAUAUUCUUUAUACCGUUUUUGAAGAGAAUCAACAUUAUAUUGAAUUGGAAGACAAUGAUUUAAAUGCUAUUCAGACAUUGAUAUCAUUAAAUUUGAAUAUGCAUUCACCCAUUUUACGGAUUGCAUCUCAUAUUAAUAUUAUAAAAAUGAUUUCUUAUUCUUCAAUUUCAGUAAACGAUUUAGAAUUACUUGCAAAUGUUCUAUCCACUUUUCCUUCGGAGGAAGUUUUGAGAAGAGGCUCAAAUACUUGGGAAAUCAUUAUUAAAUGGUUACCUAAAGUAAUAACAAAAUGUAAUGCUGCAAAUUUUAUUUCUCAUAUCUCAGAAAAAUACCUCCUGAAAAAUCAAUUUGAAAUAAAUAUUGAUACAUUCGCACUCAUGAUUUUUCUCCUAUAUGAUGCAAAAUUAAUAUUUUAUUCCAAAUCAUGUCCUGCUAUACAAGCAAUAAAAACUUGCUUAGAUUCAUUGAUAGGAUCUGAUAUGAGACCAUAUUCUGAUCUUUACUCAAACAUUAAGAUACUUGAAUUAAUGUCAUAUUUACUAAAGGUCAAUAUUAUGGGAAAUUGUAAUAAUAUCACACAAAUGUUGUUUUCGUAUGGUGACACUGCUAUGAGAGUUAUAAUAAAAAAUUUAAGAAAAGCAACGAUGACACUAUGUUAUGAAGAUUUGGAUAAAUUUUUAAAUAUUAUUACAACGUUUUUCAAUAAUAGAGAUUUAUUAUUUUCAAAAGAAGCAAUGUGCAUGUAUGCAAAGAAUUUACAAAAACCAUUACUUGUAAACAUAAAUUCUGUACAAGGUACUGAAUAUUUAUCUAUCUUACACGUUUUACUUCUAUGCCAAAGCACAAAUCUUGCAUUAUGUUCAAAAGAAACGUAUGAAUUCUGCAUAGCAAAUAUGCACAAAUUUCAAGUACUUAACAAUGAAUGUUGUUACACAGAAAAUGAAAAAGGAAAGAUUAUGUCACAUUAUUAUUUUCUCAUGACAAAAUUAAUGUAUAAUUAUCUUCAACAAUUUUCAAUGGAAUCGUGGAAAAUAGAAUGGUAUGACAUUAUAUCAAAUUUGCUUCAACUGGAAGGUAUUAAGAUAAUACCAACGGUAGCGAUAAUGCUAAAAACAAUUAUCGAAAAAAAUGGGCUACAAAGUUCAGAAGAUAUAGAAAAUUUUACAUCAACUGUUCAAUUAUGUUGGAGAAUUACAUUUUUAAAUAAAAAAGAUGCUAUUUUCUCGGUAGCAGUUAAAAAUCUUGUUGCAAUUAUAGUAAAUUCUAAGUUUCUGAAUUUACCAAAUAUUGUAAUAAUUAUAAAUCCAUUUCUAACUCAACUGAUUCAAGAAAGUGACAAUAUAACAAAUCUAAAAAGAAUAUUGUUAAUUCACAUGGAAACAUUAGAUAUAAAUAAUACAUUAUAUAAUAAAAUAAAUUUUGACAAAUUAUUAUUAGCAUGCCUUCUUCAUGGUUAUGCUAUUAGACGAGAUAAAAAGAUUGAGAAUCAAGUAUGUUUAUAUAUUGAAAAAAAUUUGCAAGACUUCUAUAAACUUCAUUUGUCAAUCACUGAUUAUAAUAAUGAUGCAAUUGUGAGGGCACAAGCUACAAUAUUACUUCACAAAAUAAUUACCAAAAAACCUGAAUAUGCAUCUAUAUUUUUGCAUUCUGUUCUUGCAGAAUUGGAGAAAAAUAAAAAUAAAAGAUAUUUUAAAGAUUCUCAUUUGCAUAGAGUUAAGCAUAGACUCAUACAAAUAUUAUUGGUGUUAGAACCAUUACUUAAUAUGGAAAGUAUUUCAUCGCUUCAAGAAAUAUUAUGUAAUUUAAUUCUAUUAGAAAGUAAUCAACAUAGUAUACGUCUAAUGCAAGAGUGGCUAUUAAUUAGGAUUUUUGUAAAAUAUCCAAAUUUACAUAAUAAAUUAUGGAAUUUCUUUGAAGAGAGUCUCUUGAAACGUCCUGGAUGUACAAGUUCAAUUGCAAGUGUGAUAUAUCAUGUAGCUCUACUUCUUUCUGGUCAAACUCAAUGUGAUUUUCUUAGACAGGCCAUGCCAUAUAUUGCAUGCUGUUGUUUAGGCCAAAAUUACAAUAUGCGUUUAUACAAUCAGGUGAUUUUGGUAAAGUUAUACGAAUUAUUAAAAUGCUCAAAUUUUGAUGAUAUCAUAUUAGAAUAUGCAGGAUUAUAUAAUGCAGCACUUAAAAGUUUACAACAGGGAAAUUUAAUGAAAAAUUCAUUAAAAAUACAGGAUGAUUUUUAUUUCUCUGUUUUUCAUCCAAUAGAUGAUUAUAGUUUGCAGACUAUUUAUUUUGAGAUUCCAAGAUUGUCUGCCAUGGAUGCAGAUGAGUGGAUUGCAUCUCAUUUAUUUCAUGAUUUAAAUUUUACAGAAACUAUUAAUCAUCCUUUAUGUUUGCAAAAUUUAAAUAAAAAAUUAGCCGAAUCUAAACUAUGUAUGCACUUGAUAAAAUCUGGUCCGUGUAAUAAGGAAACAUCACAUUUCAAUGAAAUGGAUGAUGAUGGCCUGUGUAAUAUACAAAAGAAAAUUACACCUGUUAAGUCAGUUAAUUCUAUUGAAAAUAACAUUGGGAUAAUGUCACUUGAAAAUACUGUAUCUAAUAUCAUAGAUGAAAGUAUUAUAAUUGUUGCAUCUUUAAUUGAUCGUCCUGCAAAUCUAGGAGGUCUUGCAAGAACAUGUGAAAUAUUUGGUGCUAAUGAAUUAAUUAUUGGAAAUUUACAAUAUACAAAAGAGAAAGAAUUUCAAAAUCUCAGUGUGUCUUCUGAUAAAUGGAUAAAUAUUACAGAGGUAAAGCCUUAUCAACUAUGUGAAUAUCUCCUAGAAAAAAAAGAUAUGGGUUGGGAUUUGGUAGGAGUUGAACAAACUGCUAAUAGCAUAAAUCUUUUGAAUAUGAAAUUUAAAAAGAAGACAAUACUUGUUUUAGGAAAUGAAAAGAGUGGUAUACCAGCUAAUUUGAUACCCCUUUUUGAUGUUUGCGUGGAAGUACCUCAAGUUGGCAUCAUACGUUCAUUAAAUGUUCAUGUUACUGGAGCAAUAUGUAUAUGGCAAUAUGCAAAACAACACAUAUUUGUUUGAUACUCAUGAUUAUAAAUUCUUUUUCUUGUUUCUUCUUUUUUUUCUUUUUUUUUUUUCUUUUUUUUUUUUUUUUAAAUUAUAUAUUACUGGAAUAGUGUAAGUCUUGCAACAAUUAUUGUAUAAGAACAGAAUAAAUAUUAUAUAUAUAAAUAAAAUAACAAUAUAAUAAAUAAAUUUAUAUUAUGUCAAA